AUGAAGAAUCUGGAUUUAUCGGCAGGUGGAUUCAACUCGAUUCCCAAACAAGUUGGAUGGCUCUCCAACCUUCGUCGUGUAAAUCUCACCCAAAACAACCUCACAAAAGUACCGGGUGAACUAAGUCUGCUGAAUCCAUCGAUCGAUAUUCUCUUGGUACCCAAUCCUCUGGAAUAUCCAUAUUGCGAGUGGAUCAAAGAAGGUAUUCCAAUGUUCUUGCAGAAUAUCAGACCCUACAUGAAAGCAUACGGUCCAAACUGCAUCGUCAGCGAACUUCAAUCACCUCUCAAGGCAAACGCACCCAACCAAUUCGCCCUCACAGCAUUCGACUAUGCCAAUAAGCCCAGAAUCUCUGGUGGCGAUCAAUUCGAAGUAAAGAUGCUUUUGGACGGUGCCACUUCGCCAAGCAUGGAGAGCGGAGCAAGCACCCAUGGAUCCACCUUCUUCAAACAAAUCGACUGUAUAAAUUGGAAUGAGCAAUACAUUCAAGAUAUAAUUUAUCAUGAUUUAAAUCCAAAAUUUGCUCACACCAACCACAUUCACACAACUUUCGUAAAUCACCACCACGCUCUCUCACUAACACCAGCAUCUCAGAUAAAUUCUCAAGCCAAGUUAUUUUUAUCAAACACAUAA